GUCUGAGCUAAACUAAUAAAAACAUGGGCAUAUUCUUUUCCUUCUCCUUUCUCUCUUUCACGGCUUUUCUUACCGUGUCUUUCAUCAAAGUUUCAAAGCCAGUUGAUGGGUUGCCUCUUUCCACCAACUCCAGAUGGAUUGUGGAUGAUGGAAGUGGACAACGGGUAAAGUUAGCAUGCGUGAACUGGGCGUCUCAUCUGGAACCAGUUGUAGCGGAGGGACUUAGCAAGAGGCCGGUUGACGACAUAUCUAAAGGAAUUUUGGCUAUGGGAUUCAAUUGUGUGAGGUUCACUUGGCCAAUCUAUUUGGCCACCAAUGACUCUUUGGCCUCUCUAACAGUUAGACGGUCAUUUCAGAGUCUUGGUUUGUCUGAUGCCAUUGUUGGUAUUCAGACCAACAAUCCCUCGAUCAUAGAUCUUCCCCUCAUUAAAGCCUUCCAGGCAGUGGUAUCCAACCUUGUGGACAACAAUGUGAUGGUGAUAUUAGAUAAUCACAUAACAAAGCCAGGUUGGUGUUGCAGUAACUCUGAUGGCAAUGGAUUCUUUGGCGAUCAGUACUUUGAUCCAGAACUCUGGAUCAAGGGUCUCACCAGGAUGGCUACUCUUUUUAAUGGAGUUACUAAUGUUAUUGGCAUGAGCCUAAGAAAUGAACUCAGAGGCCCUAAACAGAAUGUAAAAGAUUGGUACAGAUAUAUGCAGAGAGGAGCUGAAGCAGUGCAUUCAGCAAACCCAAAUGUUCUUGUCAUUCUAUCUGGCUUAAGUUUUGACACAGACCUAUCAUUCAUUCGCAAUCAACCAGUGAGUUUGACAUUUACUGGGAAGACAGUAUUUGAGGUACACUGGUAUAGUUUUACGGAUGGGCAGGCAUGGGUAAAUGGUAAUCCAAAUCAGGUCUGUGGUCAAGUGUUGAAUAGAAUAAAAGGGUCAUCAGGGUUUUUAUUGGAUGAAGGGUGGCCAUUGUUCGUGAGUGAAUGGGGAUCGGAUUUAACGGGGAACAAUGAGAACGAUGAUAGGUAUUUGAACUGCAUUUUGGGUUGGCUGAGUGAAAAUGACUUGGACUGGGCCUUGUGGACUCUUGUUGGGAGUUAUUAUUUAAGAGAAGGGGUCGCUGGGUCAGAUGAGCACUAUGGAGUUUUAAGUUGGAACUGGCGUGAUAUCAGGAAUUCAAGCUUUUUACAAAGAAUAUCAUCUGUUCAAUCUCCUUCUCGAGGGCCGGGUUUAUCAGAUAGAACUCUGCAUAAAGUGAUUUUCCAUCCAUUAACAGGUCUUUGUGUACUGAGAACAUCAUCAUCUCCUCCUGUGAGGUUGGGUUCUUGUACCGACACAGAAGCAUGGAAUUACACAGCCCAGAAGAUUUUAUACUUGAAGGGGACAUAUUAUUGCUUACAAUCAAACGGGGUGGGGAAGGCAGCAACACUCAGCUUAAGAUGCACCAACUCAAAUUCAAAAUGGGAAAUCAUAGCAGAUUCUAAGAUGCACCUGUCAUCUACAGCAGAUGGUAAAACUGUUUGCCUGGAUGUAGACUCAAGCAACAAUCUUGUUACAAAUGACUGUAAAUGCUUGGGUACAGAUAAAGCAUGUGUUCCUGCAAGCCAGUGGUUCAAACUUGUUGACAGUACAAGAGGUUCAACAACUAAAUCAAUCUUAGGGUUCGACACGAUUACGGAUUUACCAGGAAAAGAUUUCUUAUGGAAAUUAUUUGACUCAUUCUGAUCGCAGUUGUAAAUGCUACUAACAGACAACCAAGACACGGAAAUUUACCGUUGGAAAUGGGGAAUGCCUCUACUAUAAAUCAAUUAAAGAAUUCCGGGCCAUGCUCAUUAGUUAAAGAGUAAAUGUAAACCUUUGUAAUUAAUUAUGUUGGUCACUGAACAGGACAGGAGUCAAAGUUUAUUUACUUACAUAUAAGGUUUUUUUGGGUAUGCAUGGGUGAAGUGAAAACCUAUAAGAAUAAUACUACGUAAUUUUCAGGC